AUGGUGUGCACGGAGGUGGAGGAGACUACUGACCAUGUUCUUGUGCAGUGCCCGAGGGUGAGAGAGAUAUGGAGCAGUUCACCGAUCCUCUUGCUCCAGUCGGUGGAGUCAGCCCAGGUUCUGAUUCUUUUAUUGAGAUCCUCCAUUUGGAGCCCCAGGUCUUGGGAGGAGGGCAUCCUCAGAGCAUACCUGGCUUACCAUGUUUGGUUGGACAUGAAUGCUAGCAUAUUUGAGGGUAGGAGGCUUUCACUGAGGAUGGUAGUUAAUAGAGUUAUAUCACAGUCCGAGGAGGUUAUUACAGCCUCAGCAUUGUUCACUGUUGGGAUGGCCAGGGACAUUUGGGGCACUUCAUCUACUGUCACAGUGCCUAGGUUCGCCCUCAUUUCUUGUGUGCCCCCACCCCUUGGUUAUCUCAAAGUAAAUUUCGACGGGAGCAUGUCGGUGGAUGGUACUACUGGAGGUGUUGGAUUUGUAAUCAGAGACUCUUGUGGCAAGCUAGUGGCAGCCAGGGGUCAGCGCACGUUAGGACUUACAAUUGUAGGGGCAGAGCUUCGAGCAGCAUAG